AUGCCAAGUGCGCCCAUUCGUGUGUGCGUGUUGGUGUGCUCGUACGAGGGCUCCGACAGCGAGCUGAAGGCGUAUGAGGGGGAGCUUGUGCAGACACCACAGCACUACUUCACGAAGGCGGAUGCGAAGGAUGUCGUUUUUACUCUCGUGUACGUGAAGAAAGCGACGACGUACCGUCAAAUACGACAACUGGUAAAGUCGGGCGCCUUUGAUGUCUUCUUCAAUCAGUGCGAUGGNGCUAUUGAUGAGGACAAGGCUGGUGUUGAUGUUGUGCAGGCGCUUGAGAGCUUCGGCGUUCCUUUCACCGGCGCCAUCUCCAAGUACUACGAGCUGUCAAAGCCGGAGAUGAAACGGGUGGCGCACUACUGCGCCAUCAAGACGGCGCGGCACGCUGUUGUGGAGGCGGGUGACGAUGCGCAGGAAUUAUGCGCCUCACUGCGCUUCCCUCUUAUUAUCAAGCAUGUCUCUGGCUACAGCAGCGUUGGCAUGGACAAGUCCUGCAAAGUGCAGGACAUGGAUGCGCUUGUGGAGCGGGUGGCUCGCUUUAUUGAGCAGUACCAGGCUGCACUGGUGGAAGAGUUUAUACCCGGCGACGAGGCAACAGUGCUGGUGUGUGCUGAUGCCACAGCCCCCGGUGGCAUCCGCGUUUUUCCCCCAGUCAUGGUGCGGUUUCCGGAGGGCGAGGACUUUAAGCACUUCCACCUCAAGUGGGAGUCGUACGAGGGCAUGGAGUGGCGAGUCGUGCCUGCGGACGACCCCGCUCUUUUGGAUAUCAUACACAUCGCUGAGGCAUCGUUUCGCCACAUGAUGGGGGGUGUGGGGUACGGUCGCGUCGAUGUGCGUAUCGACCGCGCCACCAACACGGUUGUGUUUUUAGAGAUUAACCCCAACUGUGGCAUCAUGUACCCGUAUGGUCAAGAAGGCUCUGCUGAUUGGAUCCUGCGGCUGUCGCCCGAAUUCAAACAGAGGGAAUUUGCGAUGUUGCAGAUACAUGAGGCCAUGCGACGAAGCAUGUGUAAUCAGCCACUGUUUCGUUGCGCGUAUGACCCGGUGGGUGGCUACUACAUGUGCGCUGCGAAGGACAUUGCGGCAGGUACCCUCGUUUUUGAGGGCGAAGGGCGACGGGUUCGUCUCUACACAAAGCCGCACGUGUUGUCUGCGUGGAGUACAGAGGACUACGACCCGUUUGUGCACAACGCCUGGCCCGUUGGUGCCGAUGGGCAUUACUACGCCACGUGGGAUCUUAAAACGUCCACUGGAUGCACAUUUAAACACUCCUGCAGUCCGAACAUGGGGUUUGGCCCGAAUCGCUCACUCAAUAUGCUUGCCCUUCGGUAUAUCACGAAGGGCGAGGAGCUUACGAUAGACUACCGCUUCUCUAUGGAUGAUUCGGUGCCACCUUUUCAAUGCCACUGCAAGUCACCCAACUGUGGUGGGUGGAUUGCAAUUAAACAAAAUGCGAAAGGAACCAACUGCACAAGCGCGAUAUCCCGCUUGGAAACCGAAUAA